CCGUGGUGGUUGUGCAAAUUGAAACCAAGAAAAAAGGGGUAUUAAUUCUGUGCUGAUUGGUGGAAAAUAUAAAUCAGUGAAGUUAGGUUUCACCUCCCGGUUAAAGGAAAGUUGAUCGAUAAAAUGGGAGGUAACAUUGGAAUAAUGUCGACGGUAGCGGCUUUACCGGUAGUUAUCGUGCUGCUACUAGUGACAAGGAUGUCAUUGUGUGUGCCGACACAUUUCAUGGAGAUGGAGCAACACUUUCGCAACAGCAUCGAUCUGGACGCGGAGCAGACGGAAGCCCGGUACGAUCAGGAGAUGCUUUCCGACAUCAUUAACGAUAACGAUCGCGGUGAGCUGCAGAAGGCGGAAUCUUGUUUGGUCGAUGACUACAAGUACGACCACGGCCAGAAGAUACAACGACUGGAUCCGUGUGAAAUUUGUCUCUGCAUUGACGGGGAAAUAUUCUGCUGGUGGAAACAGUGCGAUUCUUUGGCGAAAACAGUAGAUGACGCGGAUCCACAAAUCAGUUCACCUCAGCAAGCACCCAAGAGUGAUCAAACGUCAACGGAAUUGAUCUCCGAAGCGUCAACUGUCAUGAGCACAGCGUAUGAAGCAAAAUCAAAAUCAUCCUUUGACGCCGUGGCCACAGAAGACAAUAGGAACGGAGCUACACGGCUCGUGCUUGCAGAUUCGCUUAGCGACGGUGGAACAACAGUCAUAAGCAGCACCUUACCGAUUUCAACACCCGCAUCGAAAGCGCCAGACAGCGAUCAUAGCUCCUCGGAGACGGUAACGCAUCACGGAUCGGUGCACACUACGGAUGUGCUGGAUGGAAUACCAAAGAACAUUUUAAGCUUUCCACAGACACCACCAAUCAUGAUGUAUCGCCCGGUAUCGAUGGGUCCUAUCACGGCCACCACGUCGAGGGAGGGAAAGUAUGUAGACGGUGGUCGCAAGGUCACCAAGGUCGGGUCGGUGGCAACGGGAGUUCGAAAGGGGAAAACCGGUACGUUGGGACACAAAAAGUUGAAAGAACACAAAAAGAAUCUCCUGAAGGGGAAGUACGAAGGGGAAUUUUCGUACGAAUUUGAUCGCAAACCGACAGUUUCGAUUGCGAGUGACGCACUGCCGAAGAUGUCCGAGAUCGACUCUAGCAGAGAAGGUGACAAGUUCCGUGAUCAGUCAGUGGAAGUAACCGAGAGAAACAACAAUGCACCAGAUGGCAAGAAUGGGCCAGAACAGGAGCAGCAACAGUUCGGCGGGUACGGUUAUGGGAUGAUCCACGAGUCGGAGUCCGAGCACCGACAGGCAACGGUUCCGAUGCGGUCGCAUGAUCGGGAUGUUCCACAGCACUACAUAAUCACCUCGUCCGGGCAUGUGGAGAUGUUUGACGAUAGUGGAGCGAUGGCAGGACCUGAGCUUGGGACCGAAAACCAUGGCGACGGACUUGAGAAGCAACCGUAUCGGGAUGUGCUCAGCUUCGAUGGACGAGUAUCGUCCCGUGUGACUCAGGAUCAAGCGACAAACGGUGAUGAAGAUUCCGACGUUACGGAUAGUGACGAAGGGGACGAUGAGGAUGAGCGGCUGGAUGACGUUGGUGCUGUUGCACCAGCGAUCAUGCUUACUACAAACGUCACCCAGGGCAAGUACAGUCUCGGCGAGGGACUGCAUUCGACGCAGCUGCCUCCGUCACCGUCGUCGGUAAUUGAUAUCCUCAACUCAACAACGCUCGAAACGACGGACUAUGUCGAUGGGACGAAUCACUCCGAGCUGAUCUACCCGGAAGUCCCGUCCAUGAGCAGUAGUGGUGGUAGCAGUAGUAUCAGUAGUAGCACUAUCACACCACCGACCACCAGACAGGAUCAAAGUGAACAGCACUGCGUUGUUAUGGGCGUUACCUAUCCGGUGGGGGCAGUGCUGAAACAGGAAACGGGCAACUGUCUGCAGUGUGUGUGUGUCGCCGGUCCCGAGAAUGAUCCCGCUCCAAGGGUUACCUGUACGCCCCUGAACUGUCCACCCUUGAUACUGCCGGAUAUUCUGGAUGGGGCAGGAUUUUAAGUGGAGAUGGGAGCAAUCAUACACAAAAUAGGAACAAGAUGCAAAAUGUAAUGGCAAAGUAAAUCUUGAUGAUUCAUCGCAGCUAAUAUCUUCGCGACUGAUCACUCAUGACACACUCCAACAAGGGGAAAGAGGAAAGGGUCUUGGCAAAAAGUAUAUCUAAACGUCACCAUCUAGCCGCAACACAGUGAGGUAAAACUGUUGGAAUGAGUUAGACAAAAAAAAACAGGGGAUAAUUACAUACAUAGCGGAUCAAACUUUUUAGCGUAGUGUUGAGAAGAAUGGAAAACAGAAGAAUAGAGCAAAAACAACAACAACAACAUCAACCAAAACAAUAAGCUAGUCUGCAACAAACGGACACACAAUAUCGAAGAAAAAAUAUCACACCGAUAAGGGCUCAAACUGGGCUGCCCGGAAGGAAAUAUAUCAAAUGGUAGUGUAGAGCAAAAAACAAAACAAAACUUUCCAAACGCUAGCACUAGUGAUACUAUUAGACGAAGGUGCAGUUUAGUGUAGCGAUAAGCCGGAGUGUUUUACGUUAAGCAAACAUUUCCGUUUCCGUUCGUCGGGACGGCAGAUCGAGCCGUUCUCGAUUAGAUCAGUAGCAAAUCUGUCAGAUUGUUCGUUGUGAAUAUAUAAAACUUGUUCUUACUUGCCGAACGGUGACAGCACUUUGGCACACAGCCAUUCGACACAGCUCAACACGAUAGGAAGCGUAUUAUGAAAAGCUGCAACAAAAUAGACUUAAAAUGUACACUCACCAAUAACACAACGUGGCUCAAGCAAACUGAAGGUAAACUUUUCGUUUCAACCAAUCUGCAAAGUAUUAAUUACAGAUGGGCAGGAAAUAUAAACCGAAAACCGUAGCUUUUUGGG